UGUGUGUGUGUGUGUGUGGAGGCACAGACGGUCCAGUGGUAAUUUGAUGUGUGUCUCUUGGGACAUUUGAUGGAUUAAAGCUAAGCAGCUCCAUUUCGCAGCACCACCUGAUCUCAAAGCCUGGGUCCCAUAUAAAAGAAGCUUGAUUGCUGAUCUCAGCUAGUCUGACAGUCUCUUCUCUCUUUCUUUCUCUCUCUGUCUCUCUCUCUGUCCCUUUCCCUGGCAGGAACUAUCCAGUGCUGAACAUUUUUUUUUACCAGGGAGCCAUCGUUCUGGGCUUCUUUUCUUCUUUUUUAUUUUUAAGUUGGAAAAGGAUUAUUUCUUUUGUUGCAGCUCCUGUUUUUUAGGUUUUUUAGUUUUUUGGGGGGUUGUUCAACAUCUCUCAGCCACAACAUGCCACGCUCUUUUUUGGUGAAGAAGAUCAAGCUGGAUGAUUUUUCUUCUACUGCAGUGUCGGCUGCCAACCACCACCACCACAGUCACCACCAUUUAGAGGAUUCGUAUGCCUUUGCACGGUCUAUUACAGAUUCUGUUGGGAGCUUAGGUGUCCGGAUUAGUGAAAAUGGCUACAUCCAAGACUACAUCACGCCGUCGGUCUACGAGACCGAGAAGAAGAUGGGCCUUAAGCUGGCGUCGGUGGUGUCGGAACCGGUCUAUGCUCAGGUGAGCAGCGGAGGGGAGGAGUACUCGGACCACGACAUGGAGCAGCCGGACAGUCCGCAGUCAGGAAUGACUGCCACCGGCUUCUUCAGCGGGGAGGCAGAGGCUCUGACGGAGGGCUACACCAUGGAUGCCUUCUUCAUCUCAGACGGGCGAUCACGGAGGAAGAGCGAGAGCGAGCCCAGUGCGGUGGCCACCGACCAACAGAGGCACAGCUGCAAUGAAUGCGGCAAGACCUACGCCACCUCUUCCAACCUGAGCCGGCACAAGCAGACCCACCGGAGCCUGGAUAGCAAGAUGGCACGCAAGUGCCCCUCCUGCAACAAAGUGUAUGUCUCCAUGCCAGCCCUGGCUAUGCACAUCCUCACCCACGAUCUCAAGCACAAGUGUGAGGUCUGCAGCAAGGCCUUCAGCCGGCCCUGGCUGCUCCAGGGGCACAUGCGCUCGCACACCGGUGAGAAACCUUUUGCCUGCGCUCACUGUGGAAAAGCCUUUGCCGACCGCUCCAACCUGAGGGCACACAUGCAAACUCACUCGGCCUUCAAGCACUACAAAUGCAAGCGCUGCAAUAAAACCUUCGCGCUCAAGUCCUACCUGAACAAGCACUACGAGUCGGCCUGCUUUAAGGGCGCCCCGGAGGAGGACUCCUGCUCGGAGGACUGACACUCUAACUAAACAGAGCAAUCCUUUUAGAAAGCAAUAUUUUCACUGAGAUUACAAAAAAAAGUAUAUGCUGGAUUUUCUGAAAAACUGCAACACACACACACACACACACACACACACACACACACACAAACACUAUCUAAAGACCUAGCAUGUGUUUUUUUCUAUUUAUUCUAAUAAUAAUAAUAAUAAUAAUAGUAAUAAUAAUAUGAAUAGUAUUUUCUAGUAAGGCCGUGGAAAAACAAACACGAAAGGGACUUGAAAAGACAUUGGUGGCUUUUUUAUACAAACAAAUAACCUCUUGUAUUUUUAUGCUGCUUUUUUGCUAGGGAUUGCAUCUUUUUUUUGCUAAGGAUUGCAUUCUUUUUUUGCUAAGGAUUGCAUUCUUUUGCAUCAGCUGACAAGACCUUUUUUUUGGAACAAAAUGUGAACAGUAUUUGCAAAAAAGAAAAAGAAAAGAAAAAAACAGAAACAAAAAAACAUUAUCGUUUAAGUUCAAAAUCUGAAUUUGAAUUUAUUUAUUUAUGUCAUUUAUUUAUUACGAUCACAGGUAUUUAUGAUUUAAUGUGCCAAUCAUUCCUGAGCUGUGUUUGUAACUGAGGAGAGCUUUUAUCUGAAAAGAUAGUGGUUGCAUUCUUUUGCAAUAUGAAAGUAUUUAUAAGUAUUUGUAAGUGAGUUAGUGAGCUACCGAAUUCUGCUUGCUAUCCUGUCCCGUAGAUUAACUCUGGAUAGUGUACUGAGCACAGGGCCAUUUCUAAAUCCAGUGGCUGCACAGUGAUUAGCUGCACAGACCUAUAGACAUCCGCUAUGCAAGAACACACCAAAGUGGGUUAAAAAUAAAACAGUAUUGUUUUUAUACAAACAGCAACCAGUUGCCAAAAGUCAACAUUACAAUUUAUGAAAGUGUAAUGUAGAAAUCCCCAUCUGAAAUAAGUCAUAUGGGGAUUUCUACAGCAGUUAAUUGGUCUUUUGUGUUCAAUGGUGUUUCCUGCACAUGUAACCAUUUUGAGUGCUAGACCUCUAUUGAAGGAGGGGCUGUGGAUUCAAAACUGCCAAAAAGGUAUGAAAUGUAUGUUGAUCGCUGUAGAUGUUUACUUAUGAUAGCCAUUCAUCAAAUGACAGAUUGUUAUGAGUAGCAUGAAACAGCAGCAUUUAAAUGCAAGAGUCUUUCAUGAAAGAGCGGUAUUUAAAUGCAAGACUCUUUCAUGAAACAGCAGCUUUUAAAUGCAAGAAUCUUUGUUUCCACUUUUGAAAUCCACAAACCGUAAUGCAGCUGCAGGAUGCUGCAGACAGGCUUUGUGUUUGACCCUCCCUCCCCUCUGCAGUUUUCUGUAUAAUCCUUUCUUCUUGGCUCUUUGGGCUCACAAAACCAGUUUCUAUUCAGCAAAGCUCGUCUGGAUAUACUGCAGGUACCACGGAAGGUUAAUGUUGGGGGACAUAGAGAACACAUUCUUAACAGAGAUAAUCUUUUAUCGUGCACUUUAUCUGUUAAAAAAUGGAAGAAUUCAUUGUCAAUUAAUUAAUUAAUUAAUUAAUUAAUUAAUUAAUUGUCCUUCACAAUGAACUAAAUGAUUUAUGUAUAGUUUGGCCUUUACAACUGUUUUAGUGUAAAGGUUUUUAUUCUUUUGUAAUUUGGCCUUUGCAGCGGUUUGGGCCUGUGUUUUAUUGCUGUAGUUUUGUACAGUGUUUUGAGGAAAUCGCUUUGAAGGACAAUUUGUUGUAAAAACUAUGAAUUUAAAACUCAGAAGUCACAGUGAAAUUUCCUGUUAUUCAUAAACAAAAUGACAGAAUUUUUCUUUUUAAAAAUGAACAAAAUAAUUUUGACUAGUAUUUUUUCCCUUCCUAUCCGAACAGGAACAUUUCAUGGUAACUUUCAAGGCUCAGCUAUGCAGCUUCACUCCUAGAUGUUUCAUACACCACAGCUCACCCUCAGUUACAAGGAAGAGCCUUUCCAUCUCAUUAAGUUGCCAAAAGCGCUUGUCAAUUGAUACAAUUGGCAUCUCUGUUUAUUUAUGUGUUUUUAUUUUUACAUAUUGUUGUUAUGUAUGUAUUUAUUUAUGUAUGUUUGCAUUUAUUUAUUUAUUUAUUUAUUUAUUUAUUGACACGGAAUGAAAUGACCUUGUGAAAUGCUGCUGACCUUGAAAUAAUUGUCUAUAUGCAUGUAAAACUGUAGAAAGCCAAUAGGGUCUGAUUCUUAAAGAGGAACAAUAUAUUUCAAAUAUUUAAAAAGAAGAGGGAAAAGGAAUUGUGUGGGCAAUAAUAAUCUUGUAAUAUGGAA